GCAGUGGUGCUAUCUCGGCUCACUGCAACCUCCGCACCCUGGGUUCAAGCAAUUAUCCUGCCUCAGCCUCCUAAGUAGCUGGUACCACAGUCAUGCACCACCACGCCAGGCUAAUUGUCUGUAUUUUUAGUAGAGACGGAGUUUCACCAUGUUGCUCAGGCUGGUCUCGAACUCCUGACCUCAAGUAAUCCCAUAACCUCAGCCUCUCAAAGUGCUGGAAUUACAAGCAUGAGCCAUGGUGCCCAGCCCAUAUAUUACUUUAAUAAAAAUUAAAGAAAAUCAGCUGCCAUUAAAAAAAAAAAAAUUCGGAGUCUGAGACAGAGACAGUCAUGGCAGGACAAGCGUUUAGAAAGUUUCGUCCACUCAGGCUGGGUACAGUGUUUGAAAGGAGUGCUGCUAAAACUGUAACCAAAGGAAGCAUUAUGCUUCCAGAAAAAUCUCAAGGAAAAGUAUUUCAAGCAAUAGUAGUCGCUGUUGGAUCAGGUUCUAAAGGAAAGGGUGGACAGAUUCAACCAGUUAGCAUGAAAGUUGGAGAUAAAGUUCUUCUCCCACAAUAUGGAGGCACCAAAGUAGUUCUAGAUGACAAGGAUUAUUUCCUAUUUAGAGACGGUGACAUUCUUGGAAAGCACGUAGAGUGAAAUAAGUCACUACUGAAAUGGCAUCACUCAUAGGUGGGAAUUGAACAACGAGAACACUUGGACACAGGAAGGGGAACAUCACACACCGGGGCCUGUUGUGGG